AGAGAGAGAGAGGAGAGAGAGGAGAGAGAGGAGGUGGUAACGGUGUUUGGAUGUUGAAUCUUUUUAUAGACAAGAAGAAAAAAGUUUGUCAGUUCAGAGGAGACAAGGAGGAAACAGGAGGAGAAACAUAGAUACAGGAGGAGCAGAACUACAGGAGGAGGAGAUUAACUGAUAAAAAAAGGAGAAGAAUCAGGAGGCGCUGUAAAGAUGGAGGAUGUACAGAUUGUAAACCAGAGAUUUUGGAUGGAGUGAAGAAGGAGAAAGUGAAGGAGAAGAGGAGAGGACUUUAAUUCUGAAGGAGAAUCUUCACCAGCAGACCAAAUCACGAUGAGUGACGAGAACAAUCUGAACUCAGUCUGCUGUCAAACCACUGAGACUCAAUCACACAGAGUACUGAGCCAACACCUGGGACAGGUAACAGCAAGAUGUUGAGUGCAGCCCAGCAGCUGUGUUCAGGGCCUCCAUCAUGGACAAUGUGACACCUGGCAGCCCUCCAGGUGAGACGCACCCGAAGGACUACAACUACCUGGCCCUGGUCCUCGGCAUCCCCCUAAUCCUGGUCAUCAUCCUGGGGAACAUCCUGGUCUGUCUGAGCGUGCUCACUGAACGCUCCCUGAAAACUGCCACCAACUACUUCAUCAUCAGCCUGGCGGUGGCCGACCUGCUGCUGGCGGUGCUGGUGCUGCCGCUCUACGUCUACUCUGAGUUUCUGGGAGGUAUCUGGACGUUGAGCACCUACAUCUGUGACGCUCUGAUGACCAUGGACGUGAUGCUGUGUACCGCCUCCAUCCUCAACCUGUGUGCCAUCAGCGUGGACAGGUACAUCGCGGUGGUGGUCCCUCUGAAGUACAACAGGAACCAGUUCAGUGUCCGUCAGCUGGCUCUCAUCACUGCUACCUGGGUGCUUUCUCUGGGCGUGGCGAGUCCGGUCAUCUUUGGUCUGAACCAGGUUCCAGGUCGUGAUCCAAGCGUGUGCAAACUGGAGGAUGACCGCUUUGUGGUGUACUCAUCCGUCUGCUCCUUCUUCGUGCCUUGCCCCGUCAUGCUCUUCUUGUAUUAUUGGAUGUUUCGAGGCCUGCGGCGGUGGAGCGGUCGGAGUCGAUCUCAGGCGGGUCGAGCUGGUCGUCGAGCGCUCUCUUUACGUCUCGGCUCGGCUUUACGCCAAGCAAAAGCCACCGGGAGUCGAGGGAAAGUUGUGUACGCCACGCCGACCAGCCUCAGCCCCACCUCUCCAUCCACCGUCACCAUGAUGACGCCCUCUGCCACCCCAGUGACAGAAGAGCAGCAGGACGGGGCGGCAGCGGUGGCACCGGAGAGCGACCCGAUGACGACACAGAUGGACAGUGUGUCGGACGGCGAGCCCACAGAGCGGAGGGAGGAAGACAGCAGGAGAGAGAAUGGCCUGAUGAAGACGAACGCUGCAAAGAGAGGAAGAAGAAACAGUAAAAGCAGCAGAGUCAGCGGGAGGGAACGGAAGGCCAUGAAGGUCCUGCCGGUCGUCGUCGGUGUGUUCCUGGCCUGUUGGACACCUUUCUUUGUUGUUCACGUCACCAAGGUGUUGUGUCAGUCAUGUAACAUUGGCCCGACCCUCAUUUCUGUGGUCACAUGGCUUGGCUACGUCAACAGCGCCGUCAACCCGAUCAUCUACACUGCUUUCAACACCGAGUUCAGGAACGUCUUUCACAAGCUGCUCUGCUGUAGGACAUGAACCUAAAACUUAAAACUCAAAAACUCAGACUUCAGACUGUUUCAGAUUGUCUUCAGACUCUCUCAAACAUCCUCAAACUUUCUCAGACUGUCUUGAGACUUCUUCAAACUCUAAGGCAACUUCAAACUGACUCUCAGUAAACAGGAAGAAGAAGGUUUCUGACCAAAGCCUUACUUUAGAUCUCAGCUGGACUGAUACAAUCUCUUAUUUUGAUUUUUUUUUUCCAUAUUUCAGUCUCUUACUUUGAAGGUUUUAAUUAUAGGUUUAGUGCUGACGGAGCGCACCGGAAUGACACUCCGCUACGUUUCUCCAAGCAAGAAAGAAUAUUCGCAGUUCACAUAAUCCAGUUGAAAUGAAUAACAAAUUCUCAAGCACUUAAAGAUCCAAUCAUCAGUAAAGUGAAUGUAAUGCGGGAGAGCUAAUAAAAAGAAAUGUUGUGGUCAAAGUUAAAUUGA